AUGAAGCCCCCAGCUUGUCUCUGCCGCUUACAGAGCAGCUCAUCCACCAUCUCCACCCCUUUCGUUGCAAUCGGCAGGAAGCGGCGAUUCCUCUCGACCAGCUCGGGCGAUUGCGACGAUGUCUCAACCCGUCUGCGCGAAGUCAUGCGCAACGUCCCUCAACCCGUAGCUAUCGUUACAGCCCGCAAUACCUCCCCCUCCUCUUCGUCCGCCUAUCACGGAGCGACCCUCACGUCCUUCACUUCCCUCACACUCCACCCCCACCCGCUCGUCGCCUUCUCCCUCCGCCUCCCGUCUCGACUUGCAGACUGCCUCCGCUCCUCUUCUACUUCCUCACAUCCCAAAUCGCCCCCAGGCAAGACAGCGCCCAAAGCCGCUCAGGCGAGAAUACCGCUCACCGUCUCCCUCCUCUGUCGGUCCAAUCGUCCAAUAGCCGACGCAUUGUCGUCCCGUCUCCCAGACCAGUCGGACAUCUUCGCUCGGGACGAGUGGCUACCCCCAAAAGACUCUUAUCCGCCUUCUCUGAGAGAUGCGCUUGGCGCGCUGACAUGCGAGGUGGUCAGCUCGAUGCCAUUAAGGGAUAUGUGCGAUGUCGAGGCUGGACCGGCGGGGAGGAGGGGCGGUAUGGGAGUCGAAGGGAGUGUAGAUGGGGUGCAAGAGGCAGAAGUGGGGACAGGGGGAUAUCAGGCGGGUUCGGAGCUGUUUAUCUGCAGAGUGCUGGAUGUGUUGCCUGGGUCGGAGGGAGUGGAACCACUGUUGCAUCUGAAGCAGUCAUACGUGGGAGUCGAGCGCAUGGAAGAGGACGAGGACGACGGUAGCUACAUAGUCAAGUCCACUUGA